AUGUCAAACAAUACUGUCGGUUCGUCAGGGCAUGCUCCCGGCAAAAUACGUGGACCUGGAAGACCACCUAAACGUACUUGUACUUGGUGUGCUGAGAGUAAAACACCAUUAAAGUAUGUCUUGCCUACUGAGAAUGGGAAAAAAGAGUUUUGUUCAGAAACAUGUCUAUCUGAAUUUCGACAAGCAUAUAGUAAAGGAGCUUGUCUGAACUGCGACAAUGUCAUUCGAGGUAGUGCUCCUCCGAGUAGUAAGAAUUUUUGUUCUACGUAUUGCCUUAAUAAAUAUCAAAAGAAAAAUGAAAAACGAACUACUUCACCACAGUCUGGGAAUGGAGCAAAUGGAUCAGAAAAUCAUUCAAACAAUUCGACAGGCUCCUUUUAUGACAUUUUUCAAUCUUUUGAUUGGAAUGAGUAUAUGAAAGAGACUAAUAGUACAGCAGCGCCACAGGAAUGUUUUAAGCAAGCACCAGUGCCCCCACUCAAUGAUUUUAAAGUCAAUAUGAAAUUAGAAGCUUUGGAUCCGCGCAAUUUAACUUCAACAUGUAUUGCAACAGUGGUUGGGGUUUUAGGCCCACGACUUAGGUUGAGAUUAGAUGGUAGUGAUAACAAAAAUGAUUUUUGGAGACUUGUUGAUGCUGGUGAUAUCCAUCCCAUAGGACAUUGUGAAAAGAAUGAUGGAAUGUUACAGCCUCCUCUCGGUUUCCGUAUGAAUGCCAGUAGUUGGCCAAUGUUUCUGUUAAAGACUUUAAAUGGAGCCGAGAUGGCCCCAGCUAAGGUGUUUCAAUCUGAGCCACCUACACCAAAAUCUAAUUUAUUUGUUGUUGGUCAAAAGUUGGAAGCAGUUGAUAAGAAAAAUCCACAGUUAAUAUGUUGUGCUACUGUUGGAGCAGUUAAGAAUGACCAAAUCCAUGUCACAUUUGAUGGUUGGAGGGGAGCUUUUGAUUAUUGGUGUCGAUAUGAUUCAAGAGAUAUAUUUCCAGUUGGGUGGUGUGCUAGAGCUGGUCAUCCCUUACAACCACCAGGGCAAAAAAGUGCAGCAACUCCUUCUAGGUUCAAGUUACGGCCCAUUGGAAUGCCAAAUCCUGCCUUACCUGAAGGUGGAUCCACUGGAGGUACAAAUGCUACAAAUCCAACUACAUCAACUCCCUUGGCUUCAGUUCAUUUGCGAGUUCAUAGCAGUUGUUCAGGAGGAAAUUCUUCUUUGCCUAAUAUGGUGUCAGGCUCGGGACCAUCGGGAGCUGCAGAGGCUCUUGUUAAGGAGCUUUUGAGUGUUUAUCCUGAUCCUCAGAAGAUAACACGGGCGAUAUUAACUGCUUCCGGUAGUUACACAAGUUUAUCUACUGUUCAGGUAUCAACUGGAAAUAAGACUUACUCAGUAAAGGUGCCAUCUGACAUUACAAAUGAAGAACUAAAGAAUUGGCUAAAGUUGCUGUGUGCUGGAGUUGGGUGCUGUGUUGGAAUGAUAGAAUUGGAUACAGGAGAGGCAGCAGGUCGGCCUUGUACACUUUGUGGGGAGUCUACUUCAAAUGGUGUCUCAUCUGCUGUUAAAAGACCACAAAAUGAAUCGCCAGCAAACAGUGCUGUAAAUGGCACAGUUGAGGCGUCAGGAGGAAAAAUGGCCCGUGUAUCCCCUGAGCGGCCGGAGCCUGCGUCCUCGACGACGGGCGCUCCGCCCCCGCCUUCUCCCGCGACGCCCCCCGCCGAUUGGUCAGUGGAGGACGUUAUUGGGUUUAUAGCAGCUGCUGAUCAGGCACUGGCAGCACACGCUGAUCUAUUUCGAAAACAUGAAAUUGAUGGAAAAGCUCUCCUGCUUUUGAACUCAGAUAUGAUGAUGAAGUACAUGGGUCUAAAAUUAGGUCCAGCCCUAAAAAUCUGUAAUUUGGUAUCAAAAAUAAAAAAUCGCCGACAUUAUAGCACUUAA